AUGUCAGACCAAACAGCAACCAUCGCUUCCCUUUGUGUUUCCACUCUCCAAUCUCUCAUCGUAUUGGCUGCUAAUUUUCUCACCAUAGCUGUGUUUUGGAUUCACCGAAACAAACUAAGACGAACUUACUUACUUCUUAUCAAUUUGGCCGUAGCCGAUCUUCUCGUUGGAUUCGCGUACAUGACACCAUAUGUGACGGCGUUAGUACUUCCUAGUUACAUUAAAAAAUCUAAACUUAAUGUCACGACUUAUGACUAUCUUGUAAUCCAAUUUCAAGUUACAUUUUUAAGUACAUCGAUGUUCUUUCUGGUUCUUAUUUCUCUCGAACGUGCAUUUGCUUUGAUUUGGCCGCUUCUUCACCGAACAACAAGCACGAAGACGUUCAUCUACGGUGUCGUCGCCGCUUGGUUAGCAGGUGUUUCUUUGGGUUCAUUAACCUGGCUGGUUAGCUACGGAAUAUUUGAGAUUUCUCACUAUACCCUCACAUUUUAAAUCGUAAUCGUCUUAUCACUAGCAACGAUGUGCACAUCAUACCUAGCAAUCCGAAAAAAACUUAAUCGCAAUGACCCUACGAUGGAAACAACACAUCAGCGACAAAUAUUUGAGCAAAACACAAGAAAACUUUCCAAAACUUUAUUCCUUAUGACAGGAGCAUCUGCUGCCUUUUGGGUUCCAAGCCUUGUUUUAUUUUCUUGUCUUUAUUUCUCUCCAGGAAUGUUUCCUGAAUUUGUGAAAUAUGUUUUAACUAUAAUUCAUAUGUGUAAUUCCGUCGCAAAUCCACUGAUUUACAGUAUAAGAAUGCCUAUGUUCAGACAAAGUCUUAGACGAUUUAGACUUGUAAAAAUUCGAAAGCAGCGGAAAAAAUACGUAGUAAAUUGAGGAUAUUAUUAUGGGGCCGAAGAUAACACCACAAACAAAGAUUUGAACGUCUAAUGUCUUUUUUAAUUUUUCCUUUUUUGACAAAGAAGGACAGACGGUACUUUUCAAUGUUUUCCUUUAUUUAGAUAAACAAGAUAUGUGUAAUUAACAUAAAAGUAAUUAACUUUUUGAUAGUUGAGUUCAAAGUUUUAAUAUACUUUUAACAGAGUCAUCUGUGCGUAAUCCUUGUAAACACAUUGUAUGCUUUCAUCAUUCUUAAUUAAAGCCAAGACCUAAUCUAUUACCUUUCUUUCGGUUCAAUUCAUAGCACGGUUAACUUAAUAAUCCAUCUUCUAUUUAUCAUAGAUAUUACUAGCUGUUGGCCUUAGUAGUCCGUAUACUUUGUAUUUCUUUAAUGAGAGGAUCGCUAUUGGCUUUGGCAAAACGCGGCUCAGCUACACCCAGUUAACAACUCAGCAGAUUCUAGUUGUCUAGAGGGUCUGCAAAACGCUAACUUUUCUCUGCAUUAAAACACCUCAAACUUCAUUUUAAUGUGUUUUGUCUGAUACGAUUAGUAAGGCGAUUUUAAGUGUCGUUUUCAGUGUCUUAUCGCUCUUCAUAUUUACUGCAAGUGCUUUCACUGUUUUUUCUUUGGGUUGGGGGGCGGGAUCUAUCGCCACAAUGGUUUGGUUUGUUGGAAUCCCUCUGGUUGCACUGAAAUUACUACCGAUUUACGAGAUCAUAGACUUGAAAUAUGACAUUGUCGCCUACUCUGUCCUCAUUGCUCUGUCUUUACUCUUGAUUGCUUUUCGUAUAUCAAAACUCAUAAAGACCCUUUUCAUUGUAAUAGGUGCAUCUGUGACACUUUGGACCUUGAGCAGGCAUUGUGCAAGGGCUAGCCUGCAAUUCAGGCGUAUUUUGGGUGGGCGAAACCUUGUUCGUGUUCGUAAUAUUGUUGUAGCCGCCAUGUUUUAUUUUAUGACAGUGGAAGAUUGGGGAGAGUAGAAAUAGUAACCCUUAAGGUAGGUGCGAGGGCGAAAGAAGGAAAGGGGGGAAGGGGGAGGGGGAGGGGAGAAAAAAAAUACGCCUGCCCGAUAUCAUUAUUCUUUUGGGAAACUCCGUACGCUGGCAAACGGAGCCCCUGAUUGGUGCGGCAUAAGGAAGUAGAUUGAUGCCUGUCAUUUAACUGUAAGUCUAUAUUGUUUAUUCCGUUUCCGUGAGUCUUUUGGAAUUGGAGUGGCUGGGAAUGUCGCGUAUAUUACGCAAUGAGAAAGUCAAAGCGAUUUCUACACUGGUCAUCAGGACAAGAUUUGCUCGCAGUACUAAAACCUACACCACUUUUACCUCAUGCCAAAGUGCUGCUUGUUCCAAUACGUUUUUUUUUUUUUUUUUCUGGCGAGUAGAUUAUACUCUAGAGGCUUCUAUGUUUUGACUGAGCAAAUGUGAUUUUAGCCGCUUGUUUCACACUGAGAGGUCAUGACAAGCUUAUUGAUUUUCUGUGGUUUUUGAAUUUCUGGUCUUCAUGAUUUGCCGUCUGAUGCAAGAGCGUUUUCUUUGACCUCUUUUGAAGCGUAAAGCUCUUUUUGUCGCUAAAUAAGGCUGUUAGGGUCUUUAUUUUUGUCUCAAGUGUGUUGAUCUGAAUAACUGAGCGAUUUUCUUUCUAGUCCGAGAAUGUGAUGUUCUCCCGCAAUGUUGUAUAACGCCGCGCCCAGCUCGUUAGUUUUUGAAAUUGUUUAAAGAAUGUUAAACUCGCACGGAUAACGAUUUACAGAGACGAAUUUAGAAGAAUCAAUUGCAGCUUAAAAAGAAGCUUCAUCAGCUAUGGAGAAUUGCAUUGUGACUCAGUCAAGAUAAAAACAAUGAUAAACUCCAGCUUGUUUUUCUUAAGACAAUGCGAGUCUUUGGACUGGAGCGACUGAUGGGUUUUUUUGUUAUUGUCGGCUACUCACUUCCGGAAGAGCGGUCACGCGUGUCUAAUUAGGUACCGUUUAAUUAGGGGGUGUUUCUCAUUUUCACAGUGUUUUAGGGCAGGCGUUUUCUCUUCUCUCUCCCCGCCCCCUCCCCGCUCCCUUUGACUCGCCCCAUCUCUUCCCGUCUUCGGGAAGUUUCAACAUGGGGCUUUCGCGAGCAAAUUGCGCGCUCAAAGAAAACGUCUGCACUGCAGGCUAUGCAAGGGCUUGUUCCCUGAUCUUGCUGAAUUACAUUUUUUGUAUGUUUUAUUUAACCAGGUCUCUUAUUAACGGCUCGUGAAAUUACGUAUAACAAUUUCGAAAUAUCACUCGUGGUAUUUAUGCCAAAAAUCAAUACAAAUCAUGCUAUUACCUAUACUUUUUAAAGUGAGUAUAUUUCCCUCAAGUAGCGGUCUCCCACAAGUGUUAAUCAUGGCGUCAGGAAUCUUAUAGCGAACCUACGUGUUUUCCUUUUUUUUUCUCGCGAUGCCGGGAGGCGAAGGCAGGGAAGCGGCCGGUGCAUUGCAGAAUUGGUCGACAGAUACUGUGAGAGGUGCUUUGUUUGCUUUACCACCUCCUCAACCGUUUGAUGUUCGUAAUUCGAACGCAGCAGAAAAAUGGAAGGAGUUUGAGCAAGCCUGGAAGAAUUACUCGAUUGCCAUGAAGUUGCACCAGAAACCCGAAGCCGUACAAUAUUGGUAGCAACAUUGCUUACGUAAUCGGAGCUGAAGCGCGAAAAGUUUUUGCUACGUUUACGGAUUAGGCGAGCGACACCGACCAGAUUCAGCCAGUGUUACAAAAGUUUGCAGCGUACUGCCAGCCACUUAAAAAAGUGCCUUUUGAAAGAUACAAGUUUUAUUGUAGAAUGCAAGAAUCGGGAGAGUCUUACUAUCAUUGUCGGACAGCUCUUCGGCAGUUCGCAGAAAGGUGCGAAUUUGAAUCGAUUACCCCGAAUAAUUUGAAUUGUCCUUAGAGAAAACGGACGAGAUUUGUCGCUCUCAUGAGACCAUGGUACAGCAGAUGAAGGUUGUCGGUGAUGUCGGUUUAAGCGUUGCAGAUGCGCGAACUAUGAAUACUGUGUCUAGAGAGGCUAAAAGAGGGAGACGUAGGCGCGGUCGUGGCUCGAGAAAUACUGGCGCGUGGGAAAAUAAUAUAGUUGUGCAUUUUGCGGACGUGAGCAUGGUUUAGUGAAGCGUGAGAAUUGUCCGGCUUAUGGACAGAGCUGCAAUAAGUGUGGCAUGAAAAAACAUUUCGCNUUUUAUUGUAGAAUGCAAGAAUCGGGAGAGUCUUACUAUCAUUGUCGGACAGCUCUUCGGCAGUUCGCAGAAAGGUGCGAAUUUGAAUCGAUUACCCCGAAUAAUUUGAAUUGUCCUUAGAGAAAACGGACGAGAUUUGUCGCUCUCAUGAGACCAUGGUACAGCAGAUGAAGGUUGUCGGUGAUGUCGGUUUAAGCGUUGCAGAUGCGCGAACUAUGAAUACUGUGUCUAGAGAGGCUAAAAGAGGGAGACGUAGGCGCGGUCGUGGCUCGAGAAAUACUGGCGCGUGGGAAAAUAAUAUAGUUGUGCAUUUUGCGGACGUGAGCAUGGUUUAGUGAAGCGUGAGAAUUGUCCGGCUUAUGGACAGAGCUGCAAUAAGUGUGGCAUGAAAAAACAUUUCGCGAACGUGUGUUGUAGACACGCGCCUAAGCCCACGUCUCCCGCCAGAUGAUUCUCAACUGGUAACGCUGAAGUUGGAAUAAGGA